AUGGAAUCCCGCAGGUCGAGGUCUCCAUCGACGACCCCUUCUGAGGGUGAGAUUAUCGAAUCAGGUUCAGAGACGAAGGCAACUACGUCGCAAUUUCCUCUUAAUGGCAACAGCGUUGACCGUCCCACCAGACCCAGAACUUCACCCGGAUCUCCAGCUUCACUGACCAAAUCGCCUCGUCGUCGGAGAUCGAGGACCCGGUCCAGGUCCAGGUCGCGCUCCCGAUCCCGCUCUUCCUACCGAGAUUACAGAGGAUCCAAGCGCCGACGAGAUGAUGACUAUGACGAUAGACGUUAUCGAAACGACCUCGCGCGAGGCAACCGAUACGAUGAACGCUAUCAUGACCGGGGCCAGUAUCAGCGACAACCCAAAUCUUAUUACGACUAUGACCGCGAGGAAAACCAUCAUGCCGAUCUCCGAUACAGCGAUGACUAUGGCCGACGUAGGGAUAAGCGGCCACGAACCCGUAGCCGAUCCCCGUAUCGCGAAGUCCGCAAACGGAAGCAAUACUCGGGUGAUGAGUGGGAAUCCCAGCAAGAUCAAAGAGACGAGAGUGUAGCCUCUCGGGAUAGAAGGUCUUCUACCGAACAGUUAGUGAGCGAACGGGGCAACACCCCAGCUUUCGCUCGAAAUUCUAAACAAGAUGCUGAGACUCAGAAAAAUCAGGUGCAGCCAGUUGCUUCAAGCUCUACCACCCAUGCUGGUAGCCGUGUGAAUGGUGAAGAGCAACAUCCGAUUGAACCAAUCGAUGAGGCCGCCCAGCUCGACGCUCGUCGCAAAAGGCGUGAAGCUAUCCGGGCCAAGUAUAGAGGCCAGGCAACGCCUUUGCGGCUGCAAGCACUCCAUCUUGGGGUCGAUAGGGAUUUGACCACCCCAACUAGCGAUACAGUCGCUUCCAGCAAUGCUACUUCAGACGUUUCCCAGCCAUCGGCUGCUCAGACCCCAAUUGACAGUACUGGGGAGUCAUUUCCCGAGUUUAACAUAGGGAAGGAUACUGAUUUGGUUAAUAAUGGUACACCUGUAGAUGGUGUUGAUAAAGAUGAGCCUUCGGCCGCAGACUACGACCCUACGAUUGACAUGAAAGCCGAACGAGAUAGACACGACCAACAUACCAACGGGGAUGUCUCUGCAGCAAGCUACGAUGAGACGAAAACUACCAAACAGGAUGUGCUUCUUCCUGAUGCUCCACCACCGCCACCUGAGCCCAAACCAAAAGAUCCAUAUGAUAUGUUUGCUGAAGACAACGAUGACAUGUUCGCCGAAGAUACCCACGACGCCGCUCAACCUACGCAUGCAUCCGCCAUUUCUGCCGUUCCCCAACCACAGGAGCUUGACAUUAGCAUGAUGGACAAUUGGGACGAUCCCGAGGGUUACUAUAAUGUCCGGCUUGGUGAGUUGAUCAAUGGACGUUACCAUGUGCACCAGAAUCUAGGCAAGGGAAUGUUUUCAUCUGUAGUGCGAGCGAUGGAUUCGAAGACGGGCAAUUUGGUUGCAAUCAAAAUCAUCCGACAGAAUGACACCAUGAAGAAGGCAGGACUGAAGGAGAUUGGAAUCUUGGAGCAGCUUCAUGAAGCCGACCCCGAUGACAAGAAGCACGUGAUCAGAUUCGAACGCAGCUUCGAGCACAAGGGGCAUCUGUGCAUGGUGUUUGAGAAUCUCAGCAUGAACCUGCGUGAGGUCUUGAAGAAAUUCGGGCGCGAUGUUGGGUUGAACUUGCGAGCGAUUAGGGCGUAUGCGCAGCAAAUCUUCCUCGGGCUCAGUUUGCUUCGCAAGUGCAACAUUCUCCAUGCCGAUCUGAAGCCGGACAACCUUCUGGUCAAUGAACAACGCAAUGUGCUCAAGGUUUGCGACUUGGGCUCCGCUUCUCCCGCUUCAGAGAACGAAAUCACACCAUACCUAGUCAGUCGAUUUUACCGUGCCCCCGAAGUUAUUCUGGGGAUCCCCUACGAUUACGCGAUCGACAUGUGGUCCAUUGGGUGUACCCUGUUUGAACUCUACACGGGCAAGAUCCUCUUCACCGGACGCAACAACAACCAGAUGCUACGGUCGAUCAUGGAAUGCCGUGGCAAAUAUCCGCCCAAGCUCCUGCGACGGGGGUCAUUGGCCCACCUACACUUUGACGAGAUGUUGAAUUUCCACAGCACGGAGGAGGAUAAGAUCACAGGCCGGCUUGCCACCCGGGUGAUCGACUUCAAGAAACCGACGCGGGACCUGAAGACCCGGUUAAUGGGCAAGAGUACGCGCGGCAUGACGGACAGUGAAGCGAAGGAGCUGGCGCUCUUUGUGGAUCUAUUGGACCGAUGUUUAAGUCUGAACCCAGAGAAGCGAUGCACGGCAGCUGAGGCAUUGAAGCACCCAUUUAUUUCGCGGCCCAAGGCAUGA